CAUUGUACAUGUUGACAGUAUUUAGCAGCACUGUCCACAGUGUCCAGUGCAUAGGGUACAGUAUCCAGGUCCAAAGGGAGGCUCGAACAAUCACAUCUCGAUAAUUCUAUUCAGAGUGGCUCAAGUUAUGCUUGUUUUUUUUGUCCAUUUGAGUUCCUCCCGUUCCUCCCUUCAGCUGAAAGACACGGCUGUGAGUGUGACGGAUUGAUAAGAGACAUGCGGUUUCUCGUUGGAUGGAGUUUCAACUCUCCACUCUCAUCACGAUCAUUAUGGUGAUGAUGCUGAUCCUGCUCAUGUGAUUUGCUCGUGCAUCCUCCUGGUCAGUUCCUUGUGUGUCGCAGCCAGCCAUUAGACGUCCAAGAGAGCGAGCGGGACAAACGGGUCCAGUGUCCAGUGGGUCCAUUGUUGUUGAUAUUGGCAUCAAUCAGGAUGGAGCCAUUGGAUUUGAAGAGCUUGGAGCCCGAGAAUGGCGAUUGGAGUUGUGUGACGGAUGGGCGGUUGUUGGCUCAAUUGAGUCUUUUGGGCACCAACCUCGAAGCCAGAGCUCAACAGAUCCAGGACAAAUUUGACACCUUGGAUCAACGCGUGGCACAGAGUCAAACCAAAUUUGAUAAUGUCACCAAUGAGUUUUUGCUUUUGUCCAACACUCAAUUCAUUGAGAAUCGCGUGUAUGACGAGGCUGAUCCCAAAGUAGACGAAGAUUACGCUACUGGCCAGAUCAAACCAAUGAUCGAGCUGUCCGAUGAAGACAAACAAAAGAUCUACGAAGCCAACGUUCAAAAGAGCCUCGAAAUCGGACUGAAUUUCGUGAGCGAAGCGUUCGAUCACGUAAAGAUUGACGUCAGUGAUUCCGAGGAUGAAGUUGGUGAUGUGCCUUUACUAAGACAACCAUUGCUAGAGGCCAAAAACCCUUAUCACUUGAGAAGAUUACCUUAUCUCAUUGGAUCGGAUUCGUUUUUGAAUGACGAUUUCGCGGGUGUGGGUGGAUCAAAGCCUAAAGCUACUUCUGCGCAAUCUGAUAUUGACGUGGAAUCCGAGCUUUCUGAAGACGACAUUGAACCUCAGUUACCGAUUUCCAAUCGAGCUCAACCGACUGAAAUUGGACGUCCAGUUAGUCGCGAAAAUCCAGGCCAGACUGAUUCUCCCGCCCUUGUUCCUAAACAAUCAACACUUUUCGACAGCGAUUCGGACGACGAUCUUUUUCACGGGUCGAGCCAGAACCAGAAGUUGGACAUCUCGCCUCCGUCCAUUCCAGUGGAACCAGUAGCCACUCCUGAGCUCAACUUUGCUACCGAGUUGGCUCGUAAACUGAAAGUACCCCCCACAGAGGAGCUAAAGAGUGAUCCACCAAGUCUACCCACCCUGCCCAAGCCCAAGAAGCCAAUUGUUAAUGAACCUACACCAUCCCCUCCCCAAGCCAAUCUCAGGAAGCCUGAUCUAUUCGGAGGCUUGGGAGAAAGUGAUUCCGAUGAUUUAUUCUCCUCGCCUGUGGUGAUCAAGACCCCCAAGAAAAUAGUGGUCUCAUCUAAACACAAGAAUCUUUUCGGAGAUAGCUCCGAUUCUGGAGAAGAUGACUUCUUAUUCUCUUCUAAAAUGAAGCCUCCCAUUCCCAACAGUCUGGCAACGAAGCCACGCUCUCAAGGAUCCUCUGGAGCGACCACAACUAUAGCAACCACAGACCGACCAGAAACCAGCAACCAAGAAGAAGGAGUGAGAGAGGAAGAAGAAGAAGCAGAAAACGUACCGAACCACUUGGCCGCCACUUCUUCAUCCAAAGCUCAUGCACAAGACGCACAAGACGCACAAGGCGGCCAAGGUCAGCAGUCCAAGGAAAAGAAGACGAAAAAGAAGGGCGCUGUUCAAAAGGCAUCAUUGUUUAGUGACUCUGAAAGUGACGAUGAUGACUUCUUGCUCUUUGCCUCCAAGGAUACAGGAGGAUCGUUGAAGAAAGAUUCGAAACGGCUGUUUGAAUUAUCAGAUGAAGCUACGAGUGAAACCGAGACAAUGUCCGAGAUCAGACCUAAAAAGCCCAUCGGAGGAGUGGCCAUGUUUUCGCCAGGGGUGGAUAUUUUAGGUGCCUUGAACAAGAGGAAUUCCGCAGGCAAGACCGACCUCGCUCAUCAAGUGAAAGAGGAGGAUACGAUGGAUGGUAACGCUCCUUCAUCCGGCAAGAAGGCCAUCAAAACUGUGAUAAAGAAAGUGAAACGAACAAAGACGAAGAACAAUAACAACAACAACAACAAUAAUGCUGCAGAUUCGACCGAGUCUGAUUCUCUCGAAGAGGAGGCCAAUGAGAACACUGACGAUGAAGUGUACACAGUAGCCUCGUUUGAGGUGGACCCACCGCCUAAGGCCUUAGAUGUAUCCACGGCUGUCAAACAAGGCCCACCAGUUGCCCUAAAGCCGUCCUUCAAAGCUUUCACGGAACAACCCAAACCGUCCACUAAUUCAGGUGAAGAUUCAAGCUCUAAUUCAUCAUCGCCCAAACCGUCGAGGAAUGAGAUUAAGUCCCCCCCACCCGUGGCUCCAAAACCAGUGUCGAGACCCCUGGGAGAGCCUCAAACCAGUUCACCACCACCUUCCAUUGCGCCCAAACCUAUGUUGAGUGCAGCUACAAUCGAGGAAAAAGCAAGGAUCCUUGCUCAACUCUCCCCAACUUUAGAACAAAGACCCAACCAGCAGAAUGAACUAACCAAAUACGGUGCGGAGCCUCCACUCGUAGCUCCAAAGGUUGAUUUGAAUAGUGAACCUAACCAUUUGAAGGAAAUCAUCGAGGAUCCCUUGAAUUUGAACAAAGUUGAUCCCUUAAAGGUUUCAUCGUCCAUUCGAUUGGAACCUGAAUCUAACUCCUUGAGUGUCGUUAAACCUGAAGUAGUGAUGGAAAUCAAACGCUCUCCAACAAUGUCGGAAGAUGAACUGAGUUCGAAGGAGUCCCAAAGUCCCCAUGAAGGUUCUCCAAAGUCAUCAAUAAACCGUCCAGGUGGAACGGUGUCCAAAUCGGCUUUCAGGAGUUCUCUUGAAAAGGCUCUAAUCAAGGGACCCAUGUCUCCCAAGACCCCUCCUAUUUCACCUUCAAAAAAGUUCGACGACGAGGUUGUGUUCAGAAAUCCUGAUGAAUCUGAUGUCAAAGAAGAAAGUGGCCCAAGGGUGUCUGAUCCUCCAAGUGAUGGAGAGGUAUCAUUCACGGGUCAUUUGUUGGUGGGAGCCACUAAGGUUCGCGCCAAGGGAUCGGUAAAGCGACGGCCACCGACCCGCAGAUCAAGGCUCUUUGAUGCCUUGCCCAUUAAUGAAGCCUCAGACAUGGAAGAUGCAGUUGACUCAGUGCUACCUGAAGCGCCGAAAGAGGCCAAGGCCGACAUUUCAUCCGAUCAACCGGAAGUCCUGUCUGAUAAGACUGAAGAGAAGAGUAACUCCCCUACGAAUUCUGAUACCGUUCAAAGUGAUGGUGAUGGUACCAUUAUUGAUGAAGAAAGGCCAUUCAGUCCUGAUGACCCAUUAAAGAAACCUCCACCAAUGCCGGCGGCUGUGAAAGCAACCAAUCAUUCCAUUUUUGAUACUUCAAGCGAUGACGAUGACUUGUUUGCCCAACCAACGCCUUCAAAGCUAAGUCUCCCUAAAAGUGAGGCCAAAUUAUUCGGUUCCGACUCGAGUUCUGAUGACGAUUUGUUCAAAAAGUGAUUCUUCUCCUUUCUUUCUUUUCGAGGCAUUUACCCAAAUUAUAAUGGUGCUACAAACCCAAUGAGAAUAGAGCAAUAACUAUAUUAUAUUUCAUAUUCAUA